AUGGAGUAUCGUUGUUUGCGAGAAGGCAGAUGUCAGAUUUAUCGCAUGAAUCGAAACCGAUGCCAGUACUGUCGAUUCAAGAAGUGUUUAGAAGUUGGAAUGUCUCGUGAUUGUAAGUUCCAUCUUACCUGA